CUUCUUCCAUUUAUUAAUUCAGUUUCGUUAAAGACUCAAAAACUUCCAAAACUCGAUCGAUAUAUCGGACUCAGCGACCCUCGCACAACUACUCUGCUAAAUCUACACACAACACAAAAAACCUCGAUCGCCGGCAACAAUGGCGAAGCUCACACUUCUCUUCUUCCUUUCCUUUCUCAUCUUCUCCUCAUGCAUCGCUUUCCAAUCAGACGAACUCCUCGUUGACGACGAUGAAUUUGGUCUAGAAGGAGCAAAGCCCCGCUCCACCGAUCUUCACACAUCAUCUUCUUCUUCUCCACAGCAGCAGCAACAGACUCCAACUAUCCGGAGAAGAUACUCAGAUCCUACCGAUUUGGAUUCCAAAGUCCAAUUUACUCUCGAACAUGCUUUCGGAGAUUCCGAUUUCUCCCCCGCCGGUACUUUCUCCGCUCGUCUCAAAACCUGGAGUCAUGGCGGAAAGACAUUAACGAAGCUGCGAUUCUCUAGGAAUGAUUUUUCUGCUGAAGAGAAAGAAGCAUUCAAGAAUCUGUUGAAAGGAGAUGACUUUUAUCGGAUUAGGCUUCCAUCUAAUGUGGUCAGUCCACCAGGGAGAGAGUUUGUGAUUGCAUCAGUGAGAGCUAGAUGUCUACCACGGGAUGGCUUGGAUGAGCAUUUCAUUAUACACAUGGAAGGUGCCAACAUCUUGGCAGUUAGUUAUGGUUCUCCUGGGGCGUGUCAAUAUCCUCGACAGUUGAAACUUCCAGCAAAAUGGUCGUUUAACUCGCACACCAUCCUGAAAAGCAGUGAGCAGGCGCCAAGAACUCCAAUAUUCACUGAGGAGAUUCUAGGUGGUGAGAAUGUAGAGGGAGAAGUUGAACCGCCACCAGAGAGAUCAUUUUGGGCAAAAUAUUGGAUGUAUUUGAUACCGCUGGGACUCGUAGUGAUGAACGCUGUAACACAAGCAUCAAACAUGGCUGAAGAACCCGCAGGUGGACAGGCAGGAGGUGCACAAAUGCAACCAGCUGCCAGGAGAAGAUGAUUCCACUUUGACUUCUCCCAAAGCAAUCAAAGCUUAUGUUGUUGUAGCUGCAGCUGCUAAGAGACGAUGAAUCAACAGAUCUUCAUGUAGAACCAUCUUGUCAUCAUUUGGUUUUAUGUAACCUUUAAUUUUAAUCCUAGGUCGGUGUUUUUGUACUCAGCAAAUGAGAAAUAAAAAAUCUGCGAACUUGAUAGCAUCUUUGUUAACUAGAGGCUUCAUGACAUCUCAAGAAUAAAGAUAUUGAGCAUCA